AUGCAAGUGUGGACACAUGAAAUCGAUUCCCAUCUGGAUCGAAACGAAGAUCGAAGUCAACUAAAUAAAGUCGAUCAACAAAUUCUACAUGAAUACAAUGAAAUCAAAGCCGAUAUCGAAGAGAACGAAGUUGCCCAUGACUUAACGUUCACUCGACCAUUUAGUUCAUAUCUUAUACCAAAAGAUCCAGCACACUACACACGUGAACGUCGAUUGUAUUUGGAACGCCUUGCUCAUGUAUCGACUGUGCCUGACCUACCGAUUCUAUCUGACGAAUUCGAAGAUGAAUUGCAGACGUGUUCUUUAGCAAAAAGUGAUUAUUCACAGGAAUCCUUGCCGCUACUUUUAGAAGCUUUCUAUUUAAAGCGACUGUCGUCAUUAACGUAUGCGAAAACAUUACAUACUGUUCGAUGGAAACGGUUCCGCCAACAACAGAUCGACUUUACACAAGUUGAACAACAAUUUCAAGAUCGAUCAGCAAGAAUCUUUGCAGAGUUCAACGAUGCACUUCAACGAUCACAUCGUUUAUGUUCCAUUCGAGAAACUCUCCUGUUACCUCAGACAGUCGCUUCCAAAACUGUCAAUCAGGCAAUGGUUAAUGAUGAUUAUGUCGCUUAUAUUCGUUUUCUUGUUUGCCAAUAUCGCGGCCAGAAAUACUUCGAUCAACUGACCGAAUUAAUUCGCAUAUCUCAUUUAAAAUUUCGCACACGUUUUUCGACCGAUGCCCAAGCCUUAUUAAUCAAUCUCCAACCUCCGGUAUCACCUUUUCAGAGUACAACCGCUCUCUGUCGUAUACCAUCGAUCGAGCUCGAUCAAAAGCAGACAAUUGAUAGAUUAAAUACGCUUUUUCACCUGUAUUCAUUACCAUUGGAUACAACAAAGAUUCACACAACUGGAGAUGAAAUGGAAUUGUACGCGAAUGUAAUUCGGCAUUAUCGAGUACUCUUUUCUGAACAAGAAAAAGAACGAGUCACUGUACUCUAUGAUUCGGCAAGACCAAAAGUCAUAUCUCAAGCGCGACAAUCGUCGAGCUGUAAAUUGAUUAAGAAAUCAACGUGGGUGCCGUUCGUGACAUUAAAACCUGAACGGGAUCCUCAACGUGAACGUGAUUACUGGAAAUAUAUAAAAAAUGGCAAAAAAGAUGAACUGCUGAUGAGAAUUACUCAGUUUUUAUAUGUUAGAAAUGCGGACAAGAGUGUCAAUGCGCUAAAGCAGUACCUUCUAGCUGUAAAAGCCAACCAAAGCGUUCAAAGAAAACAACCGGUAGAUAAUACGUCACGAGCAGUAUCGAUGAGUGACGUAUUUUGGAAAAAUAUUUUUGAUUUAACUUCCGAAAAUGAAACGAACAAUGAAAAUGAAAAGAACAACGAUGAUCAAGAAGACGACGAUCUACACGAUUCAUACGACUUUCAAGAUUCGACUACUCGGUCAGGUCGUUACAUGAAACGAGAUGAAUUCAAUUACCUUGAAACACUACAAAAACUUGGCCUCGAUGAUACUUCCGGUCAAAGUCGAGACAAGGAUAAUGAAGAAAAUGAUGCAUCGGAAUCCUACGGUUUGCAGUUAUCCUACUUAAUACUUCGUCUAUUACGCAUUCGUACACUUCGUCAUCGAUGCUUGCAUGAGUUUAAUUAUCUUCGUUCGUUACAACGAACAUUGACUAUCUACGAACAGCGUUUGACAAUAACAACGAAAGAGAAAGAUCUUGAGAUGAUUGAUCAACGUUUUAAUAAUUAUGUUCCACAUACGUAUCUGUUUGACACGCCACAUGAGUGUACACUCGAUGCGUUGAAUUAUAUGCAAUCGGGAGAAUACAUUGAAAACAUCGAAGACUUCUCUCGUGAAACAAAAAUCACAAAUGAUGGAUCGAUCGUUCACGUUCAAGAUUCGAAUGGUAUACAUAUUAUUUACGAUUGUGCUUUCGAUGAUUUGAACGAGCUCGAACAAGAAAUCGUUUCUAUUGGCUCGUAUUUUCUGGAAAAAGCAUCCAUCAAACAUCAGAAGUCAUCAUCGGACGUACAAUUUAUCAAGAAAAUGGACCGAUUCGAAAUUCUUUACAAUCUGUGGGAAUACGAGUUCUCCUAUCUUCAGUACAAACGUCAAUUAGCCGAUUGCUAUUACGAAAUCUAUCAGCAUACAUUCGAUCAGAAUGAACGUCAUUUGAUCGCUCAAGCAAUCAUGAGUAUCAGUGCUCGUCGUCCACGAAUUGAUUUUCGCACCGAUGAUUAUUUUGCGCAUUCGUACUCACUGGAAACGCGGCAUCUUCAGCAAUACCUUUCGCUUGUUCGCGAAUAUAUCAGUCGACACGUGAGUGAUAUGCGACAAAUAACUGAAAACCUUUUCGACACUACCGACUAUGGAUCUUAUUUCCCAUCGACACGACUCGCCACAUCCCCACCAAUCUAUUUGAGCGUGUCGAAGAUUCAUAGUUAUUAUUUAUUCGAAUUUCUUGAGUCACUUUCAACAUUGACACGUCUCCCACACGUGCUCAAACAGUCGUUUAAUGAGUUAAUCGAAUUUGAAGAACUGCAACGGCAAACAAAUCUAUCUCUAACAGAAAAAAUGGUCUACGAACUCGAUUAUUUGGAAGAAAUCGUUUCAUCGUAUAAACAACUUCAUCAGCCCGGUUCAAUGUAUUCAGCCAAUCAACAACGUGAUGUCUUCAAUACGUUGUACAGUGAUCACCCAUCAAUGAUGGGCAAGCUAGCCUAUGAAAUUCUAAAGCAAGUCGAUGAAGCUCGAACAACAAAGAAAGAGCAAUAUGACAAAUAUUUGAAACUAAAUUCUAGCUUACUCGAACUAAUCACCUUACGAUACCGUUUGAUUCGUUCAGCAACUGAAUCCGAACUGCUAUCAACGGUUUAUAAACAACAACUAGAUACCAUGUCGAUCGAUCAUUCGCAUUUGUCUUUACGAUUUAUUCAAUUCGAAUUUGCACAAUCAAGAAACCUGCCAAACAUCAACACAGAUAAUCAUCAUAUAACAAGUCAACUAGCUGAUGGACAAUUGGAUAAGAUAACUGGACAACCGAAUCUAUUAUUUGCGAUACAUGAGUUAGAAGAAGGAACGAUCGGACGAAUUAACUUUCGACAGAAAGAUCAAUGGUUAGCCUACAUGAAUGAUCCUGAUGAAGCAGUCAAUAAUUUAAAAACCGUCCUACGGCUACAAUUAAUGCAUAACCAUUUUGUAUACACAGCAGCUGUACAGCAUCGAGUAUCGAUUAUUUGUAUCACUCAACAAUUGAAGGCGACUAAAUUGGAUAAUAAUAUUGAACAAACAAAGAGUUCAGCAGCCAGUAAACGAUCAGGAUCAGCUAAGCCCCAAUCUGAUCAACCAAAUGCUGCUCUCAAUGAUGUUCUCUACGAAACAACUCGUCGUAAACUUUUCCGCGAGAAUUAUUUCAUUUCAAUCCAGUUUGAAAAAACCCCGUACAGGAACGCGGCGUUGGCUGAAUUCAUGCGUCAACGUGAAGCUAAACCGAUGCAAUAUCAACAGGCACGGGAAGCAGAGAAACUUAAACGUUCUCUUCUCAAUGACUUUAUCGACCGUGUUCACCAACGGAAUUCAUUGAUACUAUUACGAUUACAAAUUAUACAAGCUUAUCUGGGUUUAACACAUCUGCUGCAGCAAUUUCCAUUGACGAGUCGGUCACAUUUUCUCUGGCCGAAGCCAAUACCAGUUGUUCUACCUACGACAACGGAAAAAUCAGAUUCCAGUGUGGCAUCGUCAGUCCAGUCAGAAGAAUUAACUAGUAACGGGUUUAAACAUCGACCAAAAGCCUUACUGAAUGACAAUGGGACAGAUCUGAUUAAUCUCUGGUACAUUCCAUCGUUUUUCGAACAAUUGAAUAUCUUCAAAGGACUGAAAUUGGAUCUGAGUGAAUUACAAACACGCUUGCAGGACGUUCUACGUAUCGUAUCUUCAUUCAACGAUCUCAUUCAUAUACUCGUUGGUUAUGCACAACUGAAUACGUUAGUUGCCAAUGCUGAACAACGAUUUAGCGAACGAACAAAUGAGUUAUCAACGUUUGAUCAAAGUGGAGAAUUCGCGUCCGAAUUGCAUGAAAUUCAACGAGAAAUUCAUUCAUUAUCAUCGACGUCAUUAUCAACUAUAGCUGAUCUGUUGGAAACUAAACGACGUCUAACAAUAUUUCAAAUCUACUUCUCCAUCGGUUAUCUCAUUCCUGAUUGUUUUCUCAAAGGAAAAAAUCAAUCGGCAUACACUGCUGUUCAUUCUCAUUCACUACCGGUUCUAUCAGAUUUUGUCGGUGACUUCAAUCGUUUUCGGCCGAUCUAUUCCAUCUUACCCGAACCGCUGCUAGCUGUGCAAAGCUCGGCGAAAACUUUCUAUCCGUGGACAGUGCAUGAAUAUUCCUAUAAUAUCACUGCCAAGAGAUUGUGGUGGCCGAAAUACUCAUUGAUCGACCGAAUACAUCUGUGUUUAAUUGGUUUGAAACCACAAGAAUUAGCGCUAGCUAAUACGGAAUUCGUGUCGACACAAAUCAUGUUUCAAAAUAUUGAAGAUAUCGUUAAGCCGAAGAAGGCCUCGGAUUUAGCCACGACUGUUCUACGUCGAAAAAAGGCACCCAGAAGCGAAUCUCUGACGAAUUAUUUACAUCUUGAACUGUAUAUCAUCGAAUGCAUCCGUCUCGAACUUGUCCGAUAUGCUUGGUGUACAGCUAAGCUGAACGUUGCUGCAAUCAAUACGGUGAAAACAUUCGAGGAUGCGUUUGUAUGCUAUCGUGAUGAAAUUCGUAGUCCUAUUUUACGGCAAUUAUCAAUAGCAACUGGAUACAAUAACUUUUACAAUGAUUUUCCUGUGGCUUUGGUCAAUGGACAAUUGCCACCGCACGUGACUGAAUACGAAUAUAAGCAUGCACUGGUUAUACGAUUGUUAAUUGAAUUGGAAGGGAAAUUUAUGAUGACUGAUACGUUGAAAGUCUUGAAGAGAGAACGAACUAUCGUUUUAUCCGAACGUCUUCGGGAAGAAAGUGGCAUACCGACAGAUCUAUGGAAAAAACAACAGUUCACUGAAACAUUUUCUGUGUUGCGAUCAAAUGUCCUGGAUGAACUGGCGCGAAAGUUAUGCGAAUAUGAAUGUAAAGACGAACAAUCAGUGCCGAAUUCACCUUCGACUGUUGAUCAUUCGAAAGAUGGUGAGAGCACCGUAGUAUCAUCAAACUCAUCUCGACCAACCACCACGGAUAUCUUUUGUAUUCGUCGAAGUGAUUUAGAGCAAUGCCUAGAAGAAAUAGGUCAGCGUCUCAUGCAACGCGAACGGGAAAACUACACGAAUUAUAGUACUUAUUAUGAAAACAUCCUCUACAAUGUUCGCCAAGCGAUGGCUACGCGUGACAAUGAAUUGAAGUCUCUCCGUGCACAGCUUCAAGAUCAACAGUAUACGAUGGAAAUUGAUUCUCAACUGUUGAGUCUCUCCGCGUAUUUCGAUCUUAUCACCGAGCUGAGUCGACUUCGGUAUGCAAACGAUCAAUUUCAAAUCGAUAAACAACUUCGAUUUGAUCAAGAAUUGAUUCGCAUUCGUGAAGAUUUCCAAACGCGCAUGCAUGGAUUACUUGACGUGAACGUUCAACUUCGAAACGAGAUCAAUAAAUACCGAGAAAAUCUAUUCUAUAGUACGAUCGCCAUUAUCAAAGAAAUUCGUCGAGAAACACAUGAGUUAGCUCGAACGAAACUUGCCACUAGCGCCAAAAUGAUUGCCGAUGAACUCACUGCUAAUCAUACGAAUUUAAUCGAAGAUCUACAUGACCAACACAAUCAAGAUCAAGAAAGACAACGAGAUAGGCUUGAAAAGGCAGAAGAAGAAUAUCGUCGACGCGAAGCCGAAUUAGAAAAAGAAGUCGCACGUUUAGAAUAUGAAUUACAUCAACAUCAGAAACGUUAUGUUUCGAAAACAAGCAAACAAGUCGAAGAAAUUCAAGCGUUGAAAAAAGCCAACAACUAUCUUCGACGACGUAUUACGAUAAACGAAGGACAGUAUAAGAAACUCAUUGAGUCGGAAAGUAAAACUGAAAACAAGGCGAACAUCGAGCGAAUCAGUGAUUUACGGCAAGCAUUGAAUCAAAAUCAAAUUAUUGAAACUAAACUACGUUGGGUGCAAGAGCAAAGUAAUCAAUUGGUGAUGAAAGAUCACGAACUAGAAAAGAAAACAAGUGAAUACGAACGAGAGAAUCAUGCGAUGAAAUUAGCGCAAGCUUAUGUUAAACGAGACUUAGUUCAAACAAAGAAGAAACUCGAACAAGAACGUUCAUUGAAGAUCGAUGCUUUUCAUCAAGUCGAAACUCUACGAACAAAUCUGAAUGAAAUCGAAGAAGAAUUUGAGCAGGCUCUUCUCAGUGAUGGAACGAAUAACCUCCUGUCAUCGUCAAUGAUUACACAAAAUUCACGGUCAAUGGCAUCAGCACGGCCUGUGACGCCUUAUCAAAUUCUUCUCACUCGUAAUCGUCCGAUGACAUCAAAUUCGAUGUAUCUACGUGAUCGACAACAUUUGACGGGUACGCGUUCACGUCUUCAGACAAGUUCAUCAAUGAAACGACCACAAACAGCGAAUGUACAUAUUGAAAAGAUAACACCGUUAACGGAAAAGCUUUUUGCGAAUUUGGGUGUGACAACUCCGCCAGCUUCAUCAUCAAUUAAAAUGUUACGAAUAAAAAGUGCUAAAACUUAA